AUGCCGAAGAACCGUCCGGCCACGUCGGGCUACGCUCGUCUUGCCCAGGAGGAAGAGGAACGCGGCUACCACCAUGACGAUUCAGAAGAUGAUGAAAUUGCUGCUGUCACCUCAACAAUCUCAGCAUCCGCCUCUCGCUAUGCGCCCAUUUCCUCUCGAGCCCAGAUGCAGGCUCAUUACCAGCGGCGCGGCCGUCGCAACUCUGGUGUCGAUAUUAAAGCUAUCAACGCGCGGCUGGAGAAAUGGGCGGAUGAGAUUGCAUCCAAGUUCAAGAUCAAUCGCGUCAAGGGCAAGACAUUCGAGGAGGAAAAGCUAGAAAUCUACCACUCUGUCUUUCAAGCGCCAAAUGGGAUUCGACCCAUCACGGUGGAGGAGCUCGAGACAGAUGAGUUUGAGGGUCAACAGAGAAAAGCUCGUGCUGAAUUCGAGGAGAUAAUCGAGAGUGUGCGGUUGGCAAUCGAGAUGGAUGUGCACCCACGCAUGAUCGCUCAAGGGAGCUCAGGCAGUUACUUUGCUCGGAAUCCGGAGGGAAAGGUCGUGGGUGUUUUCAAGCCAAAGGACGAAGAGCCAUACGCAUCACGGAACCCCAAAUGGACCAAGUGGAUUCAUCGGAAUCUCUUCCCUUGUUUCUUCGGCCGGGCCUGUCUCAUUCCUAAUCUUUCCUACGUCUCCGAGGCUGCCGCAUACGUCCUCGAUGCUCGUCUGCGCACAAACAUGGUUCCGUACACCGACAUUGUUUACCUCUCGUCGCGAUCAUUCUUUUAUGACUUUUGGGACCGACGCAAGGCGCGCAAAGGAAAGAAGAUCCUGCCCCCAAAGGCUGGUAGCUUCCAAGUGUUUUUGAAAGGAUACAAGGACGCCAAUAUUUUCCUUCGCGAACACCCGUGGCCCGAUCAAGCCAACACGGGAUUCCGUGCCCAAGACGCCCCCAAGCGCAAGAAACGACCAUGGAACGAGGCGUGCCGACCGUCAGGCGCGCAAUCCGACGAUGAAGACGACGAUGAGACCGGCGACAUUCCCACACCAAAUCCACGCGACGAAGUUCGCGAGCGCAGAUUUCAUUGGACGGAGAACUUGAAGCAGUCAUUCCGCGAGGAAUUGGAAAAGCUUGUGAUUCUGGACUACAUCAUGCGCAACACAGAUCGCGGUCUGGACAAUUGGAUGGUCAAGAUCGACUGGGGCACAGAGCAGGUCUCAAUAGUCGCAGAGCCGCCCAAGAAAAAUGAACCUACGCCUCAACAUGACGAAGACGAAUUGAUGCCGCCGCCUCGACCGGUGUCUGUCAAUUCUAACGGCUCUCACCCUUAUAAGCGCCAGGAGACAAUGAUGGCCGUUAGCCGCACUGGUACACCCCUCGCAUCCUCAGAGCAGCAGGCAUCGAUUCAAAUUGGCGCUAUUGACAACAGUCUAUCAUGGCCGUGGAAACACCCGGAUGCUUGGCGAAGCUUCCCCUUUGGAUGGCUUUUCUUGCCCGUUUCAUUAAUAGGUCAACCGUUCUCGCAAAAGACCCGUGAUCAUUUCCUGCCUCUUUUAACUUCCACUGCAUGGUGGAGCGGGACCCAGAUGGCAUUGCGCCAAGUAUUCUCUCAAGAUGAUGACUUCAAAGAAAGCAUGUUCGCACGACAGAUUGCGGUGAUGAAGGGCCAGGCCUGGAAUGUGGUGGAGACGUUGAAGCAACCCGACCAUGGACCUCUCGAAUUGACCCGGAGAACUCGGGUUUGCGUGUGGGAUGAUCUAGUGGAUGUGCCCGUCGCCAUCCCGAUGCGAGCACCAUCUACAGAUGCCGGAAGACGUCAAGCAUCAAAUUACGACUACGACGAAGAGGAGGAGAUGGACAUUGGUGCUGCUGUCUCAUCCACAGCCGACAACAAUCAUGACCUUUUAGGUCUGGAGUCCGCACCGACCGAUCUCCCGAACCCGAAUCGAUUUGAGCUUAACCGUGGGCCUUUGGACAGAGAUUCACCUGGUGGUUCUGCGACUCUAAAUGAUGGCUACUUUGCUCGUCGCACUGGAGAAGGCGCUUAUGCGAGGUCAUUGGAUGGUUGGCCUGAGCAAGCGCAUCGGCCUGCGCAGAGUCAUAAGCAUGGCGGCUCCGUCUCAUUCCGGGUGCCACACAUCAAUACUUUCGGCAGCGACGAUCUAGAAGGGGAUUUGGGAUAUGCUGCCGCCGAAGGUAUGGAAGGAAACCAACGCAAGGUCAUUGUAGAGCGUCUUGAAGCGGUCAAGAGCAAGAACCCCGUGUUCACUUGGUGCUAG